AUGAAACGAGCAGAAAGAGUGGCUGGCUUCGUCGGAGACUCGGAGUCAACCUUCUUCUCUGUCAGGGGCUCGGAGCCAAACCCCAUUGCAGGAAUCGCCAAGCAGCAAACAAUGGGCAGCCCUGCCGCCAUCCUCCUCGCCGUGCUACUCGCCGUGCUCGCAUACGUGCUUCGCGUGCUCCGCAGCCUCGUGUGGGUCCCGCACCGACUGGAGCGCCGCCUGCGGCGGCAGGGCAUCCGGGGGCCUCCGCGCAGGCUCAUCUCCGGAAACGGGGCCGACUACGGCGCCCUUCUCGCCGCCGCCCAGUCCAAGCCGCUCGCCUCCUUCCACCACGCCAUCGUCGGCCGCGUCGCGCCGCACUACCGCGAGUGGGCGGCGCGGUACGGCCGGCCGUUUGUGUUCUGGUUCGGGCCCCGGUCGUGGCUGGUGUUCUCCAGCCCGGAAGUCGCCAAGGCCGCGCUGAACGACUCCACGGGGACCUUCGAUAAGGCUGGCAACGGCGGCGGCGGCAACCCGCUCGCUCGGCAGCUCAUCGGCGAGGGGCUGGUGGGGCUCACCGGGGAGAAGUGGGCGCACCACCGCCGCGUGAUCUCGCCCGCCUUCAACAUGGAGAGGGUCAAGGGCUGGAUACCAGAAAUGUCAGCAAUUGCCUCAUCCAUGCUGGAUAAAUGGGAAGUCCAAGGAGGAACCCACACUGAGUUUGAGAUUGAUGCAAGUAAAGAAUUCCAAACUUUGAGUUCUGAUGUCAUUUCCUGUGUGGCAUUUGGAAGUAGCUACGAGGAAGGAAAGCGGAUUUUUCAAUUGCAAGAAGAACAGAUAAAACUAGCCCUCAUUGCAAUGAGAACCUUCUACUUUCCUGGAUUCAGGUUUGUACCGACAAAGAAGAACCGAAGAAGGCAUAGCCUAAACCAGGAAAUCCGAAGUUCUCUGCGGAAAUUGAUUGAGACCAAUGGAAGGAAGUGUGAGGACUCCAAAAAUUUGCUUGGCUUGAUGCUAUCAGCCAGCAAAACUGACAACGAGUUCAAAAUGGGAAUCGAAGAGAUCAUUGAUGAGUGCAAGACAUUUUACUUUGCUGGUAAGGAAACAACCGCAAAUUUGUUGACAUGGGCAACACUUCUGCUGGCAUUGCAUAAAGAAUGGCAAGACAAAGCCCGCGACGAAGUCUAUCAAGUGUGUGGCAAGCACAAGCACCCAAACGCGGAAAAUCUGAGCAGUCUCAAAAUUGUAAAUAUGGUGUUGAAGGAGACCCUCAGGCUGUAUCCUCCAGCUCUGUUCGUUAACAGGACAGUCACUAGGGAUGUGAAGCUGGGCAAACUCGACAUCCCUGCAGGCACGCAGCUCAAUCUGCCUAUUAUUGACAUUCACCAUGAUGUCGACAUAUGGGGAGCUAAUGCGGAGGAGUUCGAUCCAUCGAGGUUUGCAGAUGGCAAGAGCUACCACCUUGGCGCGUACUUCCCCUUUGGGAUUGGCCCUGCCAUCUGUGUUGGGCAGAAUCUCGCGAUGGUUGAGGCAAAGCUGGCGCUUGCAAUGGUCCUCCAACGGUUUGCGCUUGAUGUCUCGACGUCCUAUGUUCAUGCGCCGAUGAAGGUGAUGACCCUCCAACCCCAGUACGGUGCUCAACUUCUUGUCCACAAGAUCUGA